GGAUGGAUGACGAGCCUCCGGGCGCAUUCGCCUACAGCCAGGUGUUUGCUCAGCCCAUCACCAUCCACUACCAGGACGGCACUCUGCCAGCCGCCACUGGGGACGCCCUUUCCUCCACCUCCUCCCUGUCCUCCUCCUCCUCCCCUUCCUCCCCCACGUCCAUGGUGACGAGCAUUCUCACAGUACUGCCUGCGAGGGGUGAGGUGGAUGCUGCUG